UGAAUUUUCACUAUCAGAAUCAGAAUCCAAUCUAAGGAACUGAAAGAAUUGAGAGAGAGACACAUCAAGAACUGAAACCUUCCAUCCAUUUCAUGUGUAAAACACGCAGCCCCCGCCAUUCUAUGAGGAUGACUGAACCUGAUGACAGUGAUGUCAGAGAUGAUGAGUAUAUUGUGACUCUGGCAUCUGACAGUGAAACCACCAACGAGGUAAACUUGUUGCCGCCUCCUGAAAUACCAAUUGGAAUUGAUAUUGGCACAUGGCCAUGUUGUGUUGCGGUGUGGAAUGGUUCCGAUUUUGAUCUUUUUAGCAACAAAACAAACGAGAACAUUAUGAAAUCAGGUGAAAUUUUCAAAUUUGAUAGCUCUUCUAUUGGAGUUAUUAGUACUAGUGAAGUCUCACUCUCCCAAGACCAAGUGCAUGACAUGUCGUAUGAAGCUACAAUUUACAACAUGAGACGCUUGAUAGGCAGAAUUGAUACAGAUCCAGUAGUUCAUGCAAGUAAAAAUUUCCCAUUUAGGGUGCAGACGUUGGACAUUGGCGUUCACCCUUUAAUUUCAGAAAAAAUGACCGAUGGCUGGAGAUAUACCACUGUAGAACACGUCCUUGCGGUAUAUCUGAGUCAACUAAGAGUAUUGGCUGAAACUCAACUGAAACGGCCAGUAAGAAAUGUUGUGUUUACGGUUCCAGUCUCAUUCAAUCGAUUCCAGCUAAACCGGAUAUACUAUGCUUGUGUGAUGGCCGGUCUUGUUGUUCUCAAGCUAAUGCCUCAACCAACAGCAGUGGCUUUGUUGUAUGCGCAGCAACAACUGCAGGCUUCUUCUUCUUCUUCUUCUUCUUCUCAUGAGGAUAUGGACAGUGAAAGCAACAAAAUUGCUCUCAUUUUCAAUAUGGAUUCUGGUUAUUGUGAUGUUGCUGUGACUCUUGCUACAGAAAGAGAAUGCCAAAUGAAAGCCUUGGCAGGAAGUGCGAUUGGUGGUGAAGAUUUGCUUGGAAAUCUGAUGAAUCAUCUCUUACCAGAUUCUAAAAAUAAAUUCAAAAAACAUCUAGAUGGGGACAAAGAAAUUAAAUCAAUGAGUAUACUUCGAGCAGCAACCCUGGAAGCGAUUCAUCGACUUUCCUCUCAGACUAGUGUUGAAUUUGAUUUAGACUUGGGAGAUGGUUUGAAGAUAUGCAAGGUUGUGAAGCGGGAGGAGUUUGAGAAGAUAAACAAUGAGGUGUUUGAAAAGUGUGAAAGGCUAAUCAAACAGUGCUUGCAAGAUGCAAAUGUAAAAGUUGAGGAUAUAAAUGAUGUUAUAAUUGUUGGUGAAUGUUAUCAUAUACCAAGGGUGAAGAAUAUUGUUACUAAAAUAUGUAAAGUAACAGAACUUUAUAAAGGUAUGGAUCCUUUGACAGCUUCUGUUUGUGGUGCAGCCGUGGCAGGAGCUAUUGCUCCAGCCAUUCAUCACACCUCUGGGAACUUGGACUUGUUAACUUCUCACGUCACACCUCUUACAGUUGGAAUUCGAGCUAAUGGCAACAACCUUGUCCCUGUAAUACCAAGGAACACAUCGGUGCCAACAACGAGGGUUAUAGAUUUCACAACUAUUCAUGAUAAUCAAACUGAGGCAUUGAUCCUAGUCUACGAAGGCGAGGGACAGAAAGCAGAAGAAAACCAGCUUUUGGGAUAUUUGAAAAUAAUGGGAAUACCUGCAACACCAAAAGGAGUUCCAAAAAUCUAUGUGGGUAUGGUCAUAGACAGUAAAAACGAGCUGAGAGUUAUAGCUGAUGUUUACAUGCCUGGAUUGCAGCAACCUGUAAUUCCUGCUAUUGGAGCUACGAUGCCAAUGUCAGUGAUCGAUGAUGGGCAUUUUUGGCAUGCUGAGGCACUAAAUAGAACCUAUGGUGACACAAUGGAUUUGGUUACUCUCCUCAAAAAUAAAUAAUAUAGUCACGAAGA